UACCAAGAAACCUAAUUUUGGGGCACGAAGCGUAAACACACAACAUCCUGAAUUUUUGUUUGACGACCGAGAAGAGUAGGGUUUUAGGGUUACGCAGUGACGAAGAUGAGGAAGAAAAAGCAAAAGAGUGUUGUCUCUGAGGUUGACGUUGGCGUUGUAGAUUUGGAUUCUGUGAUUCACGAGCACACCCUUUUCUUUGACAAGUUGAUUGAGUUGAUUCCGGCGAAGUUUUAUCUACCAACCGAUGAUAAGGAGAAGCCAUGGUUUCAGGGUCUCAGCAAGGCUGCAAGAGCGGUGGCAAAGAAAGAAACCAAGGAAAAUAUCAAGAAGUCUCGGAGGGACCGUUUGGACCCUGAAAAACCCUCUGCAACUACACUUGACCUUCUCAAGGAAAAUUUGGAAAAACAAAAGGGGAAUGACAGUGAUGAAGAGCAGGGUGCAGCAGCUAAGCCUAUCAUGUCUGGUGUUGAGGGAGAUGAUAGGUCUGUGACUUAUGAAGAACUUCGGCAAAGGCUUCAUCGCAAACUCGAAGAGUUUCGGGCAGGUCGUAACAACGGGAAUCCGGAGAGGAAGAGAGAUGAAAGAAAUGCUAGGAGAGGGUAUAAGGACAAUAAACGCAAGAGGGCUGAUGAAACUGAGGAAGGUAAGCCUGUGCUGGAUGACUCGGUGGCGGAGAAAUUGAAGAAGGAUGCCGCCGAGGCCUCGAAGGAGCUUGUGUUUGGCCAUGUUAAACUUCAGAGUGAGGACAUGCAGGGGAAGAAGAAAAGGAAACUUUCAAAGCAUAAGGAACUUGAAAGGGCUAAGAAGUUGGAGGAAGUGAAGAAGAAUGAUCCUGAUAAGGCUGAAGCUUUUGCCAAGAAGCAAUCGUGGAAGGCGGCGAUGGAUAGAGCUACGGGGGUUAAGGUCCAUGAUGAUCCCAAACUGUUGCAGAAAAGCAUUAAUAAGGAGAAGAAGAAGCAGCAGAAGAAUGCAGAAAAGUGGAAGGAUAGAAUUCAAACAAGAGACCAGUUGAAGGCAGGGAAGCAGCAGAAAAGGUCAGAGAAUAUAGCUGCGAGGAUUCAUGAGAAGAAAAUGCGGAAAAUUGCUAAAAGAGAGAAAAAGCUAAUGCGGCCCGGCUUUGAAGGUCGCAAAGAAGGUUUUAUGAAUGAUGCUCCCAGCUAAACAUGGCUUUGAAGUUUAAUUAUUCGUGCCUUUUCUUUACAUUAUUAUUAUCUUAGUUUCAAAGAAUCCCAGUGUUAGAGAAUGACAAUUCAGUGGUUUAAGAAAUGUACCCAUCAAUUUUUGUCUGCUUCAGUGAGUGUAUUUCUUGACAUUGAGCAAAUUUGAAUUACUAUUAUGAGGCACAAAGGGAUAAAAUAUUUUUGCAA